GGUAGGAGACUAUCAGCGGCUACAACCAAUACAACCGUGGGGCAAACGUUCACCUCAACGAGUACAUUCGAUUUGUGUGAUGGGGACAGUAUGAUCUCGAAUGCAUAUUAUGAUGUGCGAUUCGAUGAAAAUUAUGCUGCACCGCACAGAGAUGUUGAGCGAAUAUCGCAUUUACUGCAAAAAUCGCAGUCUUCGCUGGAAGGCGCUUUUCGUCCAGAUGCUCGUAGCGUGUAA